CCCUGAGUGACAGAGGGCAGAGCGAGCGAGCACAGCGCUCGAGACAAGCGCCAUUCAUCCAAGAGGACCGAGAGCACACCUGGUCGGACCGCAGAGAGCAGUUUAGCGUCUGAAAUAACUCCCCACAGCACCCGGGUUAUUGACUUGAGGAAUGCGGUGGCAUUAGAGCCGAAACUCCAUAAAAAAACUUUAGGUUCGUUUUCACCAAUUAAUCGGAGAGGGGAUAAUGGCAACAGGCGGAUUUAAGUCAAACGCCACGACAGACUUUUUGGAGGAGUGGAAGGCUAAACGGGAGAAAAUGAGAGCCAAAAUGCUGGGGGACAUAGCCGCAGCGACUGGUGCUCCUUUGGUUGGCAACAACCCAAACAGUAAACGCCACACCGAGCUCACAAAUAACGGCAACCCGGAGAGAAGCGCCUCCGCUGGGAACUGCCUCCCCUCCUCCUACACGGUGGCUCGGUCCUCCUCCGGCACGGCUUUAAAGAGCCCCUUGGAGGAAAUGCACCACCCUGCUGCCCACCCAGCUUCACCCACCCCGCCGGGGAGCAACCUGAAGAAGGCCCCGCCUCAGACAGAGAAGGCUCAGUGCGAUUCCCCGGACUCCAGCCCCAUGGCUUGCAUUGACAGUGACAAGGGAAGCCCGUCUCCCAGUAAAGUGAAGGAGAAGAACAGUUCUGGCCCCAGUGCUAGGAAGGGGAAAGGACAGAUCGAGAAGAGGAAGCUGAGGGAAAAGAGGAGAUCAACAGGUGUUGUCAGCAUACCAUCCAAUGAGAGCCUGGAUGAGCUGGACGAUGAUGACGCAGCGGAGAAGAACAGGAGGCAGGAGGAGGAGCUAGUGCAGGCCAACACUUUCCAGAACGAGGCCAUGAUGGCUGACCCCGCCACCGGACACUUAAUGGAAACCCCCAGAUCUGGGAGCGGCCGCCACAAGAGCUCUUCAGGCCCGGGGUCUGAGGAAGAGGCGGGGGGGAACAGCAGACAACGACACAACCGUCAAGCCAGAGAUGGGACUUUGGAGAAAAGGAUGGAGGAGCUGGAGACGGAGCUGGCCAGAGAGCGCCAGGAGAACGAGCGGUUGCUGAAGGCUCACGAGGAAAAAGACGACCUCAUCGGGAAGCUGAAGGAGGAGAUCGACUUGCUGAAUAGAGACCUGGAUGACAUUGAGGAUGAGAACGAGCAGCUGAAACAGGAGAACAAGACUCUGCUGAAGGUGGUGGGUCAGCUGACGAGGUAGAGCCCUCCCCCUGAAGAUCUGUUUCCUCCCGACCUCCUGCGGCAUGUCCUUAAAUCGGUUUGAUUCUGUCUCUGUGUGUAAGAGGUGAAACUAUAAAGUAGCACAGCCUCACAGCCUUGAACCCCCCCACCCCCCACUCCCGAGGAGGACUUAUUCCAUUGGUUGUGAAAGCUGAGUGAACUAGAGGCAGUCUGACUUGGAAUGAUUGUCAUCAUAUACAUAUUUAAUGUAAAUGUAUUGUAUAUAGGCCAUUUAGAUUGUUCAUUUUGGGGGAUAUUUCUUGGUAAGGUCUUUAAAAGCAAAGGUAAAAUGAAUGUAUGUGCUCAAAAACAAGCACACAAAGUCUAUUAAAACGUGUGUAAAGGUUUAAUUAAAAAAGCCUCCGUAAUCGCAGCCGUCACCCAGGUAAAAUGAAAUGAAGUGCAGUUUUAUCAGUGGAACAAUGGAGCUUCUUUUGAGGACCAAAUUCAACUUAAUUACUGCUACUGCACCGUCAGCAGGCUCGCAAUACAAGUGAAGACAUUCUGACAGCUCUAUCAAAUAAUGAUUUAAAGCCAGGUGCUUUCUAAUUGAACAUGAGUGCAAGAUUAACCUCAAUCCAAAUCGGAAAUCUACAAACCAGAAUGAAAUUGUAUUCAAAUGAUUCCAGUUUUAACGUUACCCCACGCAAGACUUUAUACGUGCUUUACGCGUUUUCAUUGUGAACAUUGGAGUAUUGUACUGGUCCUGAGGGUGUAACCUUCUCGCUGUGUAUAUAUAUAUGUGAAAUCUUUUUUAAAAGCUCUCUGUAAUUGGUUUACUAGAUAUGUCUUUCCAAUAUUUGAUAGGCUGCUCUGGUUAUGGCAUCUAAGAUGUGUGGAGUGAGCUACAGUGCAUUUUUGUGAGUAUGAUAACCAAAUGAACUGAAGGAACAUACUAUAAUGAAAUGCAUCUCUUUUUGUUUACUCAAGGGAACAGGCUUGGCUGGUAGUGGCAUUUUACUUUCUGUAUUUAGAUCCUUUUUAUUCCACUGAGAAGCAAAUAAUCUGUAGGUUUUUAGAAGGCUCUGCUUCCACAAAUGGCACGUGUUUUGGGGGGUAGGGAUGAUCCCCUCCGCAGACACUCAUCACAGAUCUCUUUCCAUGACAUUAUGCAUGUACAGAAGAUUAAGUCAUUUAAUAAAAGUUUGAUUAUCUCUCUCCUCA